AUGGAGCCUUUUCAGAAUCCAUCAGUGCUAGAACAAUAUAAAAUGAAACUAGGUUUUGACAAGGCGACAUCAAAUUGUAAUGGCAAAAUUUGGUACUUUUGGAAAGAUGGAUGGAUGGGCAAUAUAUUGUUGGACACCAUUCAACAAGUUACUAUCCAAUUCAAACACAAUAAUAAGGAGUUUAUUAUAUCGGUUGUGUAUGCAAGGUGCAAUGCUUUAAAGAGACUGGAGUUGUGGGAGGAGUUAGAGAGUAUAGCGGAGAGAGUGCAAUAUCCUUGGAUUAUUGGGGGAGAUUUUAAUGUCAUUUUAAAUGAGGAGGAAAAGCUGGGAGGUUUAGAAUUUUCUCCUAAUGAAGCAAUCGAUUUUGCAGCUUUUAUUAGUAGUGGUGCACUUUCUGAAGUGCGAUGGUUAGGCAGUAAAUUUACUUGGUGGAAUGGAAGAAUUGAGGAGGCGUGCAUCUUCAAAAGAUUGGAUAGAAUAUUGGUGAAUCAAGCUUUUCUGGAUGUUUUUCCUUCUUCUGAGGUCCAUCAUCUAAUUAGACAAGGGUUCAAGAAUAUAGUAGAGGAGAAUUGGAAGGUUGAUUUUGCUGGAAAUCCAUUUAUCGAAUUCCAUGCAAAAUUGAAAAAGGUAAAGAAAGCACUGUCAAUUUGGAGUAAAGAGGUGUUUGGUGAUAUUUUUCAACAAAUUUCCACGAUUGAGGACAUCAUUAAGGUGAAAGAGGCGCAGUUGGAGAUACAACCUUCAGCAACUAAUAGAGCUGAACUAAGCAAGGUGGAAGCGGAAUUAAAAAAAUUACUUGAAAUUGGAGGAGGAUUUUUGGAGACAGAAAGCGGGAAUGAAGUGGUUCAUGGAUGGAGACAGGAAUACAAAAUUUUUCCACUCGUAUGUCAAAGGUAG